AUGGCAAUGUCCGGGGACAGAACAUCCUUUGUCCCUCCUCAUCGUGGAGAUAACGUACUCCCAAAUACACCCCUUUUUCAUAAACUUCUACGACUAGCCAACCGCUAUCCUCCUCUAAUCGCAAUACGGGACAUACGUGGCGGCAUAGAGAAAACGUACCUGCAGCUACUAUCGGAUGUGUUGAGCGUACGUAAAGCACUGCUUGAUAUAUUGGAUGUCAAGAUUCUGCGUCAACUCGAGCAAGACACCGAAACCUACAUCGCCCUCAUUGCACCCGGAUCGUACGCGUACACUGUUGGGUUCUUUGCGAUUUUGUCCUGCGGCGCAGCUGUGGUCCCAAUUGCCGUCAAUUUGCCGUCGUCAGAAAGAUCCUACUACCUACGUAAGGCGAGAUGUGUUGCCAUUCUAGUGAAUGGUACCUCGAACCUAGCCCUACCAACAGCCAAACUUCCCCUGUCUGAAUCCGAUCCUCAAAUUCCGCAGCUGUCAAUCACCGCGAACCUCAACUCGCCCGAUCUCUCCGCCGAGGAUAUUGUUCUCUCUGCCAGCCAAUUCCCAAACCCCAAUCAAGCGGGCUUGGUAAUUUUCACUUCUGGUACUACGGGUCCCCCCAAGGGCGUAGUCCAGCGACGUGGACAGCUCUUGGAGAACGCAGAAUUAAUAGCAGAUCACUAUGGGAUCACUAGUCAAGACCUGGUGCAGCACUCGCUCCCCGUGCAUCACGCCACCGGCAUCGGCAUCACUCUGCUUCCGUAUCUGGUCUCUGGUGCAUGUGUUGAGUUCAGCGGCGGUAGUUUUGAUGCCUCUUGGACAUGGGAUCGAUGGCGUCAAGGCGGCCUUACCGUGUUCUCCGGUGUCCCCACGCUGUACUCACGACUAAAGCAGCAUUUCGAAGACGUAAUCGCCUUACUCCCUCCCCAGGAGCAAGCGGCCUAUGUCGAAGGGGCUCGGAAGCUCCGCAUCCUCCUCUGUGGGACGUCUGCGUUACCCGACCCCGUCCAACAAUUUUGGACAGAAUUAAUGGACGGAAAGCCUAUUCUAACUCGCUAUGGUGCCACUGAGAUUGGGUCAAUCUUCAAGGUCGAUCUUGAUCCAGAGGGCACACCCGCAAACAGUGUCGGGCGGCUCGAGCCUGGCGUAUCAGCCAAGGUCUCUGACGAGGGCUUACUGAUGGUGAAAGGGCCCUUCAUGUUCUCCAAAUACCUCUUCGACGAACAAGAAACGGCAAACUCACAUGACCCUGAGGGCUAUUUCCAAACCGGGGACGUGGUCCGCAAGGAGGGUAUGUACUACUCGAUUUUGGGUCGUGCAUCAGUCGAUAUUAUCAAGUCCGGUGGCUACAAAAUAUCUGCGCUCGACAUCGAGCGAGAGAUACUGGGUUUAGAGUAUAUCUUCGAGGUAAUGGUGGUAGGAGUCCCAGACGAUGAAUUUGGAGAAAGGGUGGCUGCUGUCGUCUGUCUAUCUGCCAAGCACCGGGAGAAGAGACUGACGUUAGAUACCUUGAGGGCCGAUCUUCGCAGUCGUUUGGCAGGGUACAAGAUUCCCACACUAUUGCGUAUCCUCAGCGGAGAGCUCCCGAAAUCAGCGACUGGCAAAGUGCAAAAGAAGAUUCUGGGGCCGCGGUUCUUUCACAAGAACUAUCAGACAGAUCCGGAUGUGGAAAUGUGGAGAAAGAGUUUGAGGGCCCGGAUUUAG